AUGCUCACCAUACCAUUCUGGCUAGUCAACACCGAAGCCAUCAGACGGGUAUGCGGCGCCAACGGUGGUCUGCUUUCACUCAUCACCGGCAGCUACAGAGAAGCAACACAGUCCGAUGGCGAGGGAGCAGCUAUCAUCUCAGACCAGACAGCAGCAGCUCUGUCGGCGGCCUCUGAUGGUAUUCAAUCUGCUGCUACAGCCUUGGACACGGGUGUUUACUACGCGCCCGGGGAGCUAUUAUGCGACAUCGCAGCUCGCUCCGAUCCCUUGCUUCUUUGGCCUUCGCUGCUCGCUGCGACAAUGGUCACGUCUUUCUGGCCGCAAGGCAACGAGAUGAAGCGACUGGUCUUUGGCUUAUCCACCGACCUCAAACUCCUACCUCCGAGCACGAGAUGGAGAGUCCGACUUAGCAGAGCGGCACUUCUCGUCGGCGCAGUCGCACCGUUCACACUCUGCCAACUGCCGGUGGGCUUGUUUUGGUAUUGGAUCUCGUCGUUUUGGGCUGGACAUGCGCUUAGAUGGUUCGCCCAACUAUUCACCGGUUCGCCCGAGAAGGCAAUCCGGGAGAACAAGGUCGUUCCUUGCCGGAACUUUGAGCCGAUGUUUUUAAAGAUGAAAUAG